AAGAGCGGUGAGCUGCGAUGCGCGACCUGUCUCCAUACUUUCAACACCACCCACCGCUCUCAAGCACUCGAGCUUCACCCCGUCGAUUGCUUUCUACAGCUCCUCACAUCCACUUGAUCAGAUUGCAGACUCUACUUUCGAUCUGCGGCCUCGACAAGUUCGACGAGACGCCAGCUUCAUUUAUUGCCCAUCGUUCGAGCUUUCAGGAUACUAAACUGGGCCAUCUUGAGCUCAUCCUGCCUGCUCCAGCAUCGUUGCGCACACCCGAGACAUUUGAGGCCUGAUAGAGGAGUCUAGAGUUGCCGUGAACUCGUCCUUGCUUGCCCAAACUUGCGAGCUCUUA